AUGCCCCUUUCCCGCUUCUCAUCCGGCCUAAACGCCAUCCUCAACCGUCGAGACGACGACGAUGGAGCAGGAACCCAUCUCCUCCUCUCCAACCCCCUCUCGACAAUAGUGGAAUACCUCUACGACUUUGUUCCCGUUUCGUAUCCCGUGGUGUAUCCCAACGGCAGCAACGACGACGCCGUGACGGUAGUCUGCAUCUCCGACACGCACAACACCAAACCGCGCCUGCCGCCGGGCGACAUCCUCGUGCACGCGGGCGACCUCACGGCCUCGGGGACGAAGAGGGAGCUACGGGAGGCGCUGGCGUGGAUUCGAGCGCAGCCUCAUCGGUUCAAGGUCGUUGUUGCGGGGAAUCAUGAUUUGUGUUUGGAUGAGGAGUUUGAACGGAGGCAGAGGAGUAAGGAGAAGGGAAAGGGCAAGGCGAAGGAGGUGAAGCUUGGUAGAGAGGCACUAGACGACGAAGGGUACUCGAUAUCACGCGGAGAUGAAGACGACGACGACGACGAUGAAUCACCGCUGGACUGGGGCGACAUCAUCUACCUCAACCGCACAGCAACAACCCUCACAUUCCCCCCGCGCCGCCCCAACGAUGGGGCAAAUACGUACGCUGACCGCGAGGUCCGCGUCUACGGGAGUCCGUAUACGCCGCGAUUCGGCACCUGGGCCUUUCAGUACCCACGCUCCGGUGGUGCCUCCUCCUCCUCCGCCGGCGCCGCCUCAACACGCAAGGCAGACGCCGCCAACAACAUCGACAAGGACAACUCCUACUCCGACCCCUGGCGCAACACCAUCCCGCCCGGAACAGACAUUGUCGUCACCCACGCCCCGCCCAAAGGCCACAUGGACGAUCCGUGCGGCCACUGGGGGUGUGAGAUGCUCCUGGCGGAAAUUUGGCGGGUACGACCGCGGCUGCACGUAUUUGGGCACGUUCAUUGCGGGCGCGGGCGGGAGGCGGUUGCGUUUGAUGGGUUGCAGGCGGCGUAUGAGGUGGUUGUGUUGUUGGAGGCUGACGCUUUUGCGAUGGCUGGUGGUGGUGUGGUGAUGGCUUGGGCCAAGGCUCUACUUGCUCUGGGCUGGUAUUUCUUGGUUUGGGGAUGGGUGCUUUGGUGGUGUGGGGGACGGAGGGGCACGGGGAGGACGGUGUUUGUGAAUGCUGCUGUUGUUGGGGGUGUUCGGGGUCGGUUGGUGCGGGAGGCUGUUGUUGUGAGGAUAUAG